UGGAAAAGUUUUGCGCCCAUUUUCCUUCCAGAAAAGAAAAGAAACGCUCGCCCGGCCGCUCGCGGGGAGCAUGACAAAGGACUAUUUAUUAGAGUGCUGCUGGCUUUGCUUCGUCCCACGUGGAGCAUCAUCAGUGACGUUGCGCGGAAUCGGCGGCGACCUUCUUCGGAACAACAUUCCGGCCUCAUAAUGGAGCAAACUGGCGCCAAUGCUGCUGGUGCUACUACGGCCGGAACAGCCUCGGUGGCCCCGGUCGCGGUCACAACGAUUCCGUCAAUCGGUCUGACAACAGCGACGGCAGCACUAGCGGUACGCAAAACCGCCCCAAAUGUGAGUUCUGCCCUGUCGGGUCCGAAAUCUGGUCGGUUCUUUGGGUCAGCGUUCAGCAUCACCAACCGGUACCGGGCCAACAGCAGCAACCUGGGCAAGGUUAGCCUGGCCAUCACGAACCUCAAAGUGCUGAACAACGUGCCACUUCCGCCGCCCAUUUGUGCCAUGGUCGCUUCGGAUACUCCGCCAGCGUUGAAGUUUCAGCCGACGUACAGGCUCGACUCGAAGAACCCCUUCAAUCGGGCCGCCUGCGAGGUGAUCCUGCGGGAAGCUCUGGACAAGGCACUGCAGGGUGUGGAGUACAGCUCGUACUUUGCGCCGUCCCUGUGCCAGCAGAUCUGCGAGGACGUCAAGGCCAAAGUGAAGGAGCUGAAUUUUGAUCGGUACAAACUGGUGGUGACCGUUACGAUGGGCGAACGGUACAUGCAGGGCAUGAAAUCAAUAGCCCAGUUCCUGUGGGAUCCGGAAAAGGAUAGCUACGUGUCCUGUAUUUACGACGCUUCGCCGAGCCUGUUUGCCGUUGCAACCAUUUAUGCCAUCUAUUUCGAGUAGUAGAGUGGUGACUAUUUGUAUACGUUACAAACCAAGAUCUCCGAAGCUCGGGAGAUUUGAGGAUUGUUUCAUUUGUUGCUGCUGCUGUUGUUGUUUAUUGAACUGUUAUCCUGUCGUAGAGAGCGAACCUCAUGAAUAAUAAAGCUCCGCUUAAGGGCACCAUGUCAAGGUGGUGUAUCACAUUGCAAAG